AUGUCAGCCGACACAAUCAGCAACCCUCAACCCGCAGGAGAGUCCAAGAGCGCUCGCAAGAAGCGCGAAAAGGCCGAAGCCGCUGCCGCUGCGCAGGCCGCCAGCCAGCCUCAGCAGGAGAGCAAUGGCACGAAGACUCCUGACGUCGCAGACACCAACGGUGAUGCCUUUGAGAGCUCUUAUGUCAAGGAAUUGCAGAAGAACAUUCGCAAUGUGACCAAGAAGCUCAAUGCCAUGACCAAGUUGGACACAAUCCUCGCCGAGAAUCCCGACAAGAGCCUUGACGAACUCCUCGCUGCCCGCAAGAUCAACGCCGACCAGAAGGCCCAAGCCUCAAAGAAGCCCGCCCUCCAAGCCCAACUCGCUCAACUCGAAGAACAGAUUGCCCAGUACAAGAAGGUCGAUGCCGACUACCAGUCGCGCAUGUCCGCUCAGCACUCGCAGCUCACUUCAGCCCACCAAGCCGAGAUUGAGAAGUUGAAGGGCUCUCUCAAGGAGCAGCUCGAGAAGGAACUCAACACUGCUCUUCGCCAGAAGUUGCUCACAUUCAGCCAGUUCCUCAGAGCUGCCGCUGCUAAGCGUGUCAUCGAAGAGGAGGCAGACACUGAUGAGUCCAAGGCAUUCGAGGGUGCUCUGUUGCUGGUCUACGGUGGUGACGACAAGGCCGUUGAUGCUGUUAUGAACUUGAUCCAGGGCUCUGACGAGCAGGUUCCUUCGGUCGAGGGUGAACUGUUGCCCGUCAAGUAUUCACAGGUCAAGCAGGCCGCUGUCGGCUUCGGCGCAUUCCCUGGUGAGGAGACUGCUCAAGAGGAGGCCCCGGCCGAGACAAAUGAUGCUACCACUGUCCAGCCCGAGGACACCAUUCCUUCCAGCGAUCCUACCAUUGCACACGCUGGUCUCACCGAGCUCGGUCUGAACCAGCCCGUUGAGGAAGAGAAGCCCAUUGUCGUGGCCGACGACCAGAUUGCCGAGGCCUCCAUCGAUGACGGUUCUGCCAACAAGUCAGCCGAGACACAGUGGGACAACGCUGCUGCCACCGCCGGCACUGAUCAGCAGCUUGACGACUCUUUCGAAAUGGUCCCUCGCCCUGCCGACGAGACUGAGGCUGUCCACGAGCCUGCUCAGCCCCAGUCGACCAGCUCUUGGGCCGAUCAGACAUCCGCAAACGCCACCGCUACCGAGGCCACUACUGAGAACAACAACACUAACGGUCUUGCCUCGACUGAUGCUGAGGGAUACCAAUCUGUCGAGAGACGUGGAGGAAGAGGUGGACAAGGCCGCGGAGGCCGUGGAGGCCGUGGACGUGGUGGUCCCAGAGGCGGACACCGCGGCAACUUCAGAGGCGGUCGUGGCGACGGUCGCGGUCGUGGAGGCCGUGGCGGAGCUCCUCAGCCUCAGGCAUAG